AUGUCCACCGCAGACGAGCUCAAAGCUCUCGGCAACAAGGCCAUUGCUGAGAAGAAGUUUGACGAGGCUGUUGAUGCUUUCACCAAGGCAAUCGAGAUUGACGGAUCCAACCACGUCUUGUACAGCAACCGAUCUGCUGCUUAUGCCUCCAAGAAAGACUGGGCCAACGCCCUCAAAGAUGCCGAGAAGACGACCGAGAUCAAGCCCGACUGGCCAAGAGGUUGGGGCCGCAAGGGCGCUGCCCUGCACGGUUCUGGCGACCUACUAGGCGCACACGAUGCCUACGAAGAGGGCUUGAAGCAUGAUCCCAGCAACGCCGGUUUGAAGAGCUCUCUGGCUUCGGUCAAGUCUGCCAUGGAGCGUGACGCUGGCGGUGACCCCCUUGGUGGCAUGGGCAACAUGUUCAAGGAUCCCAACUUGAUGCAGAAGCUCAUGAACAACCCCAAGACCAGCGGAUAUUUCUCCGAUCCUUCCUUUAUCGCCAAGGUUCAACAGCUGCAGCAGAACCCCCAGAUGACGCCCGACUUGUUCAGCGACCCGAGAAUGAUGCAGGUUCUUGGUGUUGCCAUGGGCGUUGAUCUCGACAUGAGAGCUCCUGGAGACAUGCCUCCCGGAGCUGGUGCAUCGCCCUCUGGCGCCAAGGAGGCUGAGGAGGAUGUCGAGAUGCCCGACGCCAGACCUGCCUCGAACCCCCAACCAAAGAAGGAGCCCGAGCCCGAGCCUGAGCCUGAACCCGAAGCCGACGAGGAGGAGCUAGCCAAGAAGAAGGCCAAGGAGGAGGCCGACAAGGAAAAGGCUCUCGGCACUGAGAACUAUAAGAAGCGCAACUUUGACGAGGCUAUCAAGCACUACAGCGCCGCAUGGGAUCUGUACAAGGAUAUCACCUACCUGAACAACCUGGGUGCUGCAUACUUUGAGAAGGGCGACUACCAAGCCUGUAUCGAUGCCUGCACCAAGGCUAUCGAGGAGGGACGCGCCAUCUACGCCGACUUCAAGAUGAUUGCCAAGUCCUACGCCCGCAUUGGCAGUGCCUACGAGAAGCAGGGCGAUCUCGAUGCUGCCAUUGACAACUACAAGAAGUCAUUGACUGAGCACCGUACUCCCGACGUCAACACCAAGCUUCGCGCGGCCGAGCGCAACAAGAUCGAUACCGCCAAGAAGGCUUACGUCGACCCUGCCAAGGCCGAGGAGGCCCGUGAGGAGGGCAACAAGAAGUUCAAGGAGCUUGAUUUCCCUGGUGCCGUUGCGGCUUACAGCGAGAUGAUCAAGCGUGCUCCUGAGGACCCGCGUGGAUACAGCAACCGUGCGGCUGCUUUCGUCAAGCUCUUUGAGUUCCCCAGUGCCCUUGAGGAUUGCGACAUGGCAAUCAAGAAAGACCCCAAGUUCAUUCGUGCCUACAUCCGCAAGGCGCAAGUCUACCACGGCAUGCGCGAGUACUCCAAGUGCUUGGAUCAGUGCAAUGAGGCCUCGGCUGUGGACAACGAGCACCACAAUGGCGCCAACGCUCGCGAAAUUCAGCAGCAGCAGGAGAAGGCUCUUCAAGCCAUGUAUGCUGCCCGGGAGAACGAGACUGAAGAGCAGACCAGAGAGCGAUUGCAAAAGGAUCCCGAAAUCAUGUCUAUUAUGCAGGACCCCAUCAUGCAGUCCAUUCUUCAGCAGGCCCAGUCCGACCCUGCUGCCCUUCAGGAGCACAUGAAGAACCCCGGUGUCCGAUCCAACAUCCAGAAGCUGGUUGCUGCCGGUGUCAUUCGCAUGGGUCGAUAA